AACACAUUUUGUACAUUUAGUGUCAACCCUAAAACCAUUUGUAGAGUCUUGGAGUAAUGUAGAUAGAGGAUUAAUCGCUAGGCAGAACCAGAGUGGAGAUAGUGAGUCACCCUGGUAUAUACCUCUUCUUAUGUGCACAGAACCUAGUUUAUCACGAUUAAGGUGCAGAUUUAUCUUCCAAUUAUUCAUACAGACUUUCAAUAGUUGUUUUAUUCUUGGGUUGAUUCUAUGAAUGUCCAGGGUUUUUAAAAGCCAAUCAUGCGGAACUGAAUCGAAAGCUUUUUUGUAGUCGAUGUAACACAUGUGUAAAUUUCUCUUUCUUCUAUUAGCUUGAUGCAAUAUAAUACCAUCUAUAGUUAGCUGUACUUUACAGCCCAUCGACUCUUCAAUGCAACCUUGUUGUUCAUCUGCUAGUAGCUUAUGGGCAGAACAAAAUUUAUACAUUUUACUUUUUAAAAGUGAAGUUAAUAGUUUAUACACCACUGACAGACAAGUGAUAGGGCGAUAGUUUGAUGGUUGGUUAUUAUUAUUAUAUAUAGUAAUUAUCUAGGAUCUAAAUUCUAGAUUAUAUCAAGACUAGAUUUCAUAAAUAUGGUUAGAACAAAAGCAGACGGAUGCGCUUCAUCAAGAAAGGUUGUCGCAGCCCAGGCACCUCGUAAAGGUUUAGGUGGUGCAUCUAGUUCGAGCAGUUCUGAGGCAUCACCAUCAGGAAAAAAUAAAUAUGGUGGUGGAAAUCCUGUUUGUCCACGUCCAACUCCUGAAUGGCAGAAAGAAAUUUCAAAUUUUUUUGUAAAGCCAAUUCCUAAUUCUAAUCCUUCUAGUGAAAAUUCAUCUUCUUCAUCACAGACAAGUUCAAGUAGUACCAGUUCUGGCGAUUAAAUUUACCUUAAUUUGUGAAGACAAAAUGUAAAGACAGCCAUUAGACAUUGCACAUUGGAGGAUUUACCUCAAUUUCUAGUAUAUAGUAUUUUUAAGGUUUAUUUUGUACACAAGUUCGCUGUUUGAUUUACUUGUCUGUCUAAUUUGAUCUAGCUGUUUGUGAUUUAUUUUUUUUUAAAUUAUUAUGUAGUUUAGAAUGUCUUAAGGGAAAUCUCUUGACCACAACUUCAAAGUGACAUUAUGUAUAGCUGUUAUAACUUAUGUUCAUGUAUAUUUAUAUAUUCAAUUUAAUAUUAGUGUGUGCCUUGAUAAAGUUAUGCAUGUGUUCAUCUGUACUGGUAUGUAUCUGUCAUGGUACAACAUUAGUAGAAGUAUACUGCUUUGAAGGGGUGUGUGUGUGUGGGGGCUGAAUGUAGUAAAAUACUGUAAAUAAUGUUUUAUGUGAAAAUAUUUUUUAAAAAUAACAUUGCAAUUUUAACUGUCAAAUUGUUUAUUCUUAUUUUUGUGUUUUCCACAUUUGUAGCUCUUCCUAUUGUACAAGUAUGCUUGUCAGGUUACUUUUUAAAAAAAAUAUAUACGUUGAUGUUAAUA